GUGAGUCAUAAAAAAAGACACUAAAACUCAAGGCUGCAGGCUUUGUCACAUUUGCAGUGGGCUUCCCUGAGGAGUGCAGGUCUUUCUCUAACAGCAGGCAGCCAUGACCCUUGCAGCUCUUUUAUGUGUCUACUGGAUUUGUGUAUUGCUCCUUAGUGACAGUGCUGCUUCAUCCGUGAAGAGAAAAGGUUAUCAAUAUCGAAGCAAUCCUGACACACAAAACCUAGAGGAUGACGACAAUCCUUUUUUGGAUGAGCACGACUGGGAGGAUACACACACAAGCUAUGUCCAAGGUGAACAGCAGCCACAAUGGGGAGAAUCUUCCCAGAAUCAACCCCAAAUGUUUGGAGGUCCUGGUGCUGAUGACUUGUGGCAACACAAAAUGACAACACAAAUGUAUCGCUCUCCUGGGCACCAGCCGAGCAACCCUCAACAAAGCGUUGACAAGCCUCCGUUCUCUUAUCAGCAUCCACGCAGCGGUUCUAAAAACCCAAACCGGGCCUGUGAGAAUGAUGUCAGUGCAAAUACAGGUGACAACCACCUGGUUUUUGAGAAAGUCUUUCAGUUCCCCCCUUGUGGCUUGUCGCAGCAACACCUCCUUAAGUACCCACCAGUCCAAGGACGCCAGCCGCAUGCUUAUCCGGCUAAGACAGGGUGGCCCUAUGGCUUCCCAAGGGACAACCGCCAGGUUCCCUCUUGGCUUGAGCUGCAACUAGCAGUCCAGGAAGACCGAAAACCUCACCUUCCACCUUCAAGCAUCGCCCAGUCUAGAAGUCACUACAGGAAAGGCAGGUACACGUUCACCAGAGAUCGGUACACUCAAAACGUUGACCAUCCGUUGAUUUAUCACUGAAAUCACGUCAAGGACGCGUGUGUGUGUGUGUGUAAUUGUUUGCAGA